UUACAUGUAAGGGGAAUUCCCGCAGCCGCACUGAACAUUGAUCUCAACGAAAUGCACGAUAAAAAGACGAGUCUCGACAUGAGUUUCAAUACGAUAAGGGAUAUCAGCCAGAUUACGGUUGCAUAAAUCUAGCUCUGAACAGGCCUACUCAAAGACAUGAAAGUGGUUUUAUUUUGUCUCAUCACCCUACCGCUGACAAUGGUAGUGGUGUGCUGUGCUUCAAUUUCAACUGUGGAUGUGACAAAUGACAUAGUGGAACAGUGGAAGAGUGGCAAUGACAAAGGACAGGAGCAGAGGGAUCAACCUUUAAUGGAGAGGUAUCUGUCGGUUGGUCGUCGGCGAAAGAAAAGAAACGGUGAUAUCACACACUCAUACAAAGACGCCCUCUUUACCAGCCCCAAAACGGCAUACUUCCAGAAGAACCAAACGCAAUACCUGCGAUGUCCAACUUGGCGACUUGGGGAAAGACUAAGCUCAGUCUUCUGGUACAGGAGACCAACCCUUGUAGCUAAGUUCUCAGCACCGAAUGAACCGGGGAAAAACUUCACAGCUGAACGGUACCAGUUGAUGGAUGAUCAAUCGGGCCUCAUCAUUUACAACGUUACUGAUGACGAUGGAGGACUUUACGAUUGCCGAGUCGUACCAACAGCUACGAAGAGAGAAAGGCAGGGCCUGGUUAAUGUCGAGAUCCUCGACUCUACAUUUCCAGCAGAUGCCGUUACCAUGGACUCAAUAAACAUGGCGUUGUUGUCACAGAACGUCGACCGACAAAAUGGCGGUCGAAUCAAAUGUCCCCAUUCAACCACAGAUGCCUCCGCAACCUACUGGUCCCUUGAUAAAGGAGAAGGAGUCGAUACUGAUAUAAUUGGUGCCGAAUACUCGAAUGAAGACACCUUGGUACUUGAUAAAUAUAAAGGUGACUACCAGAUCGUGAAUGGCGGAGACUUGCAGAUACUGUCAUUACAGCUUCCUCACCGUCGAUUUUGGUGUCAUCGUUUUCUUAACGGCCUGGCAGUAGGACACGUUGACGUCACUGGAGUAGUCUCCACAAAUAAUCAAGACCGGCCGAUUAUAACCGGCUGUGAACCGCUGCCUGGAGAUGGAUGUCAAGUGAACUUUAACCCUGAUAAUGAUCUUCAACUCAAAUGCAGCGUACUCAAUGUCUACCCCAAGAUAACCUUGCAUUGGCAAGACGUCUCUACGUGCGAUAUAAACUUUAAGGAGGAGUCUUUGGAGAGUUUUGAUGAUGAUGCCAAGACGUUCAACCAGUACCAGCAGCUCACCGUCAAAGCAGGGAGCUUCUCUGAUGAUUGCCUGCCGAAGUUUGUUUGUAAUGCGAUCGGUGCAGCCAUCCCACUUCAACCUUUCGGUGCAGAGGUCGCUCUACAAGUUGUAUCAGGUGCGACAUGGAUCAUCUUUAUCUUGUUAUUUUUUUUCGCAGUAGGUCUGUCUUUGAUUAUCAUGCUUAUUUUAGUAAUAAGGAGACGUAACUUUCUUAGAAAGAUCGUGAGAUCUCCAAACGUCGAAGCUUAUACAGUGGAGUCUGAUGACUCAAAAUGCCAAUCACCUACAUUUACCGAAAAGACUGAGAUCGAGGUUGAGAUCGAACCAGAAGACAAAGGAUGCUACUUUGUAACACUUCAAGACGAGAGGCAAACUAUUAAAGACAAAGCAUCACAAUCUGAAGGUAAAAAACUAGUCGAAAAUGAUGAAAGCCAAACGUUAAUGCCCCAAACAUCGCAAACUCAAGAACUGAAUCUAGACGAUCAUGUGACAGAACAUGUUGAGAUCCACCCGUCAGGUUCUAGUAGUUUCUCCCCCCGUCGAAUGCUAAUCCAAGCCCAAAAUAUUGUUGUUAACAUUCACAAUCAUGUCAUUAAUAAAACACCCACAAAGCGGAAUCGAAGAAAACCAAAGCAGAAGAAAGACGGAAAGGGGGGCGCAUCCUAUCAAACAAUUUCCGUGGAAGCUGUUCCAGAGUCAUCUCCAUCUGAUCAACAUAACUUGGAAGUUGAGAUGCACGAGAACUCACUUACAAGUCCACGGCAAUUAAACAUGGCGGAUUCAACACUUCAAGAAGGGUACGAAGCUGAUGAGUCAAAUCUUCAAGACGUUUCUGUUAUUCAGGAGACUCCGGAUACUCGUGAUGACCCUCAAGAGCAUUCCGAUCAACAGACGUCCCCCAAAGAGGUUACUUGUGAACCUCUGCAGAAAGUAGAACCCCAUCACAACAUAAAUGAAGCUAAUUCUGAGCCUCAUCUGACCGAAGAUAAUGCGAACCUUCAAAGAGAGGAUCCUCCAGAGAUAUCAGUUACUGAAGAUGAAGCUGCUUGCCCAACAGAUGCAUUUAAUGGAGCAUCAUCUGAAAUACAGACAAGCACAGCCUCGGAUAACACAUCUUCACAGAAACAAAAUGACGUAAUACAAGACGAGAACCAACAGAGCAAAGCACCUGAGCAAUCACCAGCUGGCUAUGGAAAGAUCGCUCCGAAACGUAAAAAAACUCAUGGAAAGACGCCUUAUCAAAAGUCAAAGAAUGUUCAAAGUGAGAUCAAAGAUUCUUUGAAACCAAAAGGAGUGGUCAAUCAAGCUGCGGGAAAUUCUAAGCAUACAACGGGAAGAGAUACUGGCAACGUAACUGAUGAAGAAACAGAGCUUCGAUUAACUCCAGAUUCCGGUUAUUCGGGCAGUGCACAUUGUGGUCCUGAUGGUAAUGAUGAUGCUGUUGCUCCUGAAGAAAGCUCCGAAGAACAAUCUGCUAAGCCACAAGUCCCCCAACCCGCUCUUAAUAACGACUUCAAUACUGAGUCAAGUCCUACAGAUCCACUCCUCGAUCCAACUGUCAAUCCAAACUCCGAAGAUGUUCAACAUCCACAUAAAAAGAUCCAACUCAACAACCUGAACCAAUCAUGAAACAGCCGUCACCUCAUCCCAAUCCUUUUCCAAACGUUACCCCUCAAGAACCCUCUAGUGACAACCCGUCUCAGAAAGAACAAGACGCUCCUCCUCUUUCAUUACCUUACAACGCCCAGAUUCAAAGUGACCCAUAUUACCCUUCCCCGGGUUCGAACACGAUAACUCGCUGGCUUGAUGACACACCCAAAGCUGGCAUCCCUGAACCAUCGCUCCAAACAAGCCCUCAAGCUCCUCUUGCAGACCAAGAUGAUGCACCAAAAACUGGCAUCCCUGGAUCAACGCUUCCAAGUCCCCAAGCUGACCAAGACGGUCAUGUUCGCGCCCAAAGACCGGUAGUCUCUCCCCAAUCUGACUACUGUGAACCAUCUCCUGGUGUUGGUCCAGAAUCAAAUGGAAGCAGAUACCCAGAUCGCUUUUCAAGCGACGAUGAAUCCAUGGUUUCCGAAAGCGGUAAUGAGGUAGCGGAUGACACGCCGCAUAAUGGCGUCAGUGAUGACGUAGGUUACGAUCAGCAGCACGAAACGCCCUCAGUGGAGAUGGAUGAAGGAACUGCUGAUGACAUUUCACAGGCUUCUCCUCCAGAUAUAGAAAUGAAAGAAGACGAAAUUGUUGAACGUCCAAAACGUGACCCCAAGGAGCGACAGUCAAAGACCAAGGUUUUGCUGAGCAAACAAAACCCUCUUAAAACUGGCAAGUUGUUUGAAAUGUUUUGUAC